CAAGACACACUACCCGUUUUAACUUUUCCUUAGCCUAGCAAAGCUAAUGUAUCCCUCCAGGAGCCAACCACGUAUCCCGGUCAGUUAAACGGCUGAAGGAGCCUUUUGUAGCUCAUCACCGCGCUUUCAUGUCUCGUUUGCUCCCGGCGCUGUCACCCUCCGUGUCAGCUGUACUGUCCCCCGCCGCACCGCCAGGUAAACACCGGCCAGCCCCAUGAAGACGCUGUCCCCCCACACAUGGAGGCCAGUUGAAUAACGCAGAGCAGCCGCGUGGAGCCUGAGGCCCCAUGGAUCUCUCAGCGCCUGCUCCGGUGGUAGCCCUCCUCCACUGACCUCACCUCCUCCUCCCCAUUUCUUCAUCCACCUUUCCCUCUUUCAUCUACCCCUCUUCCUCCUCACCCCAACCUUUACUACCCCCACGUCUGUGACCCAGGGUUACCACCUAGCCCCUCCUACAUCAUGGCAGGGGAGAAAGGGCCAACCAAGCGAAGCGCCAUGGACAUCAAGCGCCUGGCGAGCCUCAUCCAGCGAGGAACAGGUCGCUUGCUGGUGAUUGACAGCAGGACCUUUUCUGAGUACAAUGCAUCACACGUACAAGGUGCGGUCAACGUUUGCUGCUCUAAGCUGGUGAAGAGGCGACUGCAGCAGGACAAGGUGUCUGUCACUGAGCUACUGCAACCCAAUGGCAAGGUGAAGGUGGAGCUGGGCAGGAAGCAGGAAGUGGUGGUUUACGACCAGAGUUCCAAAGAAGCGGGGCAUCUGUCCAAAGACGGCUUUGUGCACAUUCUCAUGGGAAAGUUGGAGGGUACCUUCCACAAAGUCUCCCUGCUCACCGGAGGUUUUGCUGCUUUCUCCUCCUGUUUCCCCGGCCUGUGUGAAGGGAAGCCUGCCACUGCUCUACCUAUGAGCUUGUCCCAGCCCUGCUUGCCUGUGGCUAAUGUAGGGCCAACUCGUAUCCUGCCACACCUCUACCUGGGCUCACAGAAGGACGUCCUCAACAAGGAUCUAAUGGCUCAGAAUGGUAUCACCUAUGUGCUGAAUGCCAGCAACACCUGCCCCAAGCCAGACUUUAUCAGUGAGAGUCACUUCAUGCGCAUCCCAGUAAAUGACAAUUACUGUGAGAAACUGCUUCCCUGGCUGGACAAAACUAAUGAAUUUAUAGACAAAGCUAAGGUGUCAAACUGCAGAGUCAUUGUGCACUGCCUGGCUGGAAUCUCGCGUUCAGCAACCAUUGCCAUUGCAUACAUCAUGAAGACAAUGGGCUUGUCUUCAGACGAUGCCUACAGGUUUGUAAAGGACCGAAGACCGUCCAUAUCCCCAAACUUCAACUUCCUUGGUCAGCUGCUAGAGUUUGAGAAGGGCCUUCGAUUACUCCAAGCUUUAACUUCAACCUCUGAUGACAAGAUCUCUGAAAACAACACUAAACAAAGCUCAGAUGUUAAUGGAGUCACCACAGGUUUCGAGAUGAAUGGUCACCAUAACAGCUAUGACUCAUCUGUGGCAGAGCCACACAUCCCACCCGAGCCCAAGCUACCAUCACCCACCUCCCUCCAGCAAGGCUUCAAUGGCCUGCACCUCUCUGCAGAGAGGAUCAUGGACACUAACCGGCUCAAACGCUCCUUCUCCCUGGAUAUUAAGUCUGUCUACUCCCCCAACAGUCCCCACUGCCCCAGCCUGGCACCCACACAUUCUGAAGACGUCCCCAAGCUGUGCAAGCUUGACAGCCCAGGAACAGGCACCUCCAAUGGUGUCUGCUCCGCAUCUCCCGUCCUAGACAGCCCCAGCUCAUCUGACUCACCAUUCCCCUCACCAGGCAGCGGUGGCAGCAUCGGAGGUUUGGGGCUCGGAGGAAGUGAAGGAGUCCACCGAUCUAGUUCGUCCUCAUCUAGACCCAGGAGAAAACACAAGCACAGCUCCGGCAGUUCGCCAGUCCACUCCCAACAACACCAACCUCCACAGUCUCUCAGUUUGACGCUGGACCACAAGAGCCCCAGCCUGGACGAGAACAUAAAGGGCUCCUUGCUCCUCUCACUACCCUCCCUGCCCACAGUGGGGUCUGGGGCCAUGUGGACCAAACAUAGAGACACUGUCCAGGCCACCACUCCGGUCACACCCGUCACCCCCACGACAGAUGCCCCCUGGCACUUUGGGGCAGAGGAGGGUGGUGAGAAAGAGAUGGAGCUGGGAGGAGGAGGGGAUGGAGCAGGAGAGGAGUCGUCGGUGAGGUUUGGGAGCAGCUCGGCGUAUGUGGCGUUUGGGUGCAGUGAAGGUGUGCGGUUACGAGACAAAUCCCAGAGGGAGAAGCCCUCGGCUUCACAGACGCAGAGAGACCGACGUGACUCCGCAUCGUCGUCCACAGUGUCCAUGUCCAACAGCUCGAACAACAGCGGGCCUGCGUCAGAGAAGCAGUUCAAGCGGCGCAGCUGUCAGAUGGAGUUUGAGGAGGGCAUCUCUGAGACACGGUCCCGAGAAGAACUUGGGAAGAUCGGGAAGCAGUCUAGCUUCUCUGGGAGCAUGGAGAUCAUCGAGGUAUCCUGACAGAUAAUGGAAAUGAUCAGAGCUGUCCCUUGGGGGCAAAAAUGCACCUGGUUAGAGGGAGUUCAAGUGGAGGACAUAUGAGGAGGAGCGGAAAAGGGGUUUUUUGUGCUCCCCUCAAAGACAGUGUUGAGGACUCCAACUGAGAGAACGACAAAUAGAUACAAAAGCAAAGAGUUAAUGUGAAAAGGUUAGCAAGCGAACUAACAUUCGCACCUGGACAGACGGCACUUGAGAUGUGGUGCUUAGCAGACCAUAACCAUCCUGAACUCUCAUACAGAUCUGUCUGGGUGAGGGUGGGGUACAGGGUUGUGACUGUACUGUAGGUACUGAAACUCUUAAUGUUUCUGAGCUCUGGCACACAUAAUAAGGAACGACACAGGGCAAGUGACACGUUGCAUCCUUAUUAUAUAGAAUACCCCUAUUUUGACAGAGUUUGGACACAAACUGCUUGCCUUUGGUCAAAUGUAGUGUGCUUCAGUGGGUGUAUAGCUUGUGAUUUGAACCAAGCCUCAUGUUUCCUCCCAAAGCUUCACCCCAGUGUCAGAAAGCCUCAGAACCUCGCACGGCAGAUUCCCCACCCCCCUUUCCCGGUGGCUCUGCCUGCUACAGACUCUUUAUUACAACAUCAACAACAGCAGCCUACUUAACGUCACUGUCUCCACACAUCCCUCACAGCACAAGGCAGAGAGAUCCCAAGGACUUAUUCUAAAGGCGGUACUGCAUCAUCCAAAAAAUGAAGGAUCCUCAGCAUUUUGUUGAUGACAAACCUUUGAGUUGAAGAAUCUUAGCGAAAAAGGCUGUGUCUCCCCCACCCCCAAAGCACAGUGUGUCUUUCCUGACUUUGGCUCCCUUGUUUCCAGUAUUAACAGUGUGAUGGGACUGAGAUUUCGGGAUGGUGAAGAUGGUUCUCUUUAACGGUCCUUCAGCUCCUUUAUAGACCCCCCAACCCCCUCCCACUGCUCCCAGUCACCACCUAUGGUCACCACUGAUCAUGCAUCAGAAAGGCUGACCUCGGACAAGACAAAUACUAUAUAGACAAUAUGAAUAUAUAUAGCAAUUUUAAUGGACUUCUAAUGGACUUUAUUUUGUUCAGUUAUAGUUUUAAUUUAUUGUACUGGUUCAUUCUGGUAAUGAGAAAUAAUAUAAUGUUUUGUGGAUUUAUUUCUUUUUUUUUCUUCUGUUGAAUUAUAAUUAUUAUUUGCUGUAUGGUAUUUAUGAACACACACUCAUACAAAUACACACAUUCAACAAAUUCAAGCAAGCAAUAUGUGCUGUUCCUUCUUUGGGGAGAGUGGUGUAUGAAUUGCACUUUUCUGCUUUCUGAUGAACAAUUUCGAUUUCCAUUCACAGCCUGGCAACAUGAUCCUCAGAAAACAAAGUGUCGAGUUUUAAUGUCCAAAUAUGGAGCCUCUGUUUGGUGUUAGGAGGAUGGUACAGACAUCCUACUAGUGAGAUCUGUAAGAACAGGGUCUCUGUUUUGGCUCGUCUGCAGUUUGAAUUCAUGGAUUUAUCACAAUUGAGGGCUCAAGUACUGACUAAAAAGACUGUUUUGUUUUUUGUUUUUUGUUUUUUUUGACCGUGUGCAGAGGAAGACAGAGUAGCCACACACUCUCUCGGCCACUCAUAUACAGUGAAACAUUUUCUGCCAGUUUCAUGAGGGCUUGCAUAACAACAACUAUAUGCAAACAGACACACGCUCUCUCACGAGUCUGAGAUUCAAAGACUCGAGUGUCCUCUCCGAGCCAGUACCAGUUCAUCAGUUGUUAUCAUAGCACGUCCCACCAAAGCUCAAACCAUCACACACACACACACACACACACUCAUACUAUAUGCACUUACACCUAUAUUCGCACAUGUAAAGCAUAGGCCCUACACACACUCUUUUGUUCAUUCUCAGGGGAUCUUUCAGUGAGCCAAGCCCAGCACAGGGUACACAGCUGCUGGUACAUCAGCACAAUGCAUGUCAGUAAAGCUCCCUCGCUUUUUUUUUUUUCUAAUUUCUUAUUUUCCAAAGCUUUGAUUAAAAAAAACAGCAUAACAAAAUAGAAAGGAAAAAAAAGUGGAUCUUCAUAUCCUGAGGUGAAAGAAAUGAAAACUCUGCUCUCCUGGUGCGAGAUGGUUAUUUAUUUAUAAUGUAAAAUGUGUUUAUUUUUCCUUUCGACCCUUGAUUAGCUUUUCUCUCUGGCGAUCUCUGACCUUUGACCUUGUGCUGCUGCAGCUACAGUAAGAUCAGAUAGUUUCCUAUGUUCCCAUGAGGCUCAAGCAACCUCUCCUCUCCUCACCCUUCUCCCUAUAUUUUUAAAAAAUGUUGUUAGAAUUAUUUAUGACAUGUAACAAAGAUGAUGCAGGCUGUCCCAUUUGCUAAAAUUGUUGUUAUUGAACUAUUAUUAUUAUUAUUAUUAUUAUUAUUAUUAUUAUUAUUAUCAUCAUGUUGUGUAAAUAGCAAUGCAUCUAAAAACACUGAUGAAUUUAGAUGAGUUUUUAAAAGAAAAUCCUGAUUCCUUAGGCUGCUUGACGCAAAAAUACCUCAGGUUCUAUUGAAAGGCUUUUCCUUCCCCUGUACAUGUUUUGUGAAAAUGAGACAAAAAUACAGA